AUGGAGGCAUCGUCACCUUCAACUGUAUUAUGGUGGGACAACUGGGUCCAAGAGGCACUUACAACUCUUGAUUCUCUCAAAGUACUUCGAUCUCUUAGACCCAUUUCGCUACGGAGCCAGAAGAUUCGCGUAGAUGAUGACGAGGAUGAUGCAUUCGAGGUGUUCGAUGAAAUGCAGCAAUGGGAUCGUUCCUCUGUUGAAGUUGAAAUCGGUGAAACCACUUUUCGCAAAUGGAUGCAUGAUACCCCAAGUUCUGGUGAAGAGAUUGUUUAUGGCACAGUUGCUGGUGAUGACGAACCAGGGGUAUGCCAAGAGAAGUUCAAAAAAUUAAUUUUGUUUUCGGGAAAUGAUUAUUUAGGGCUGAGUUCCCAUCCGACCAUUGGAAAGGCUGCUUCAAAGGCAGCUUUAGAACAUGGGAUGGGACCAAGGGGUUCCGCACUUAUUUGUGGGUAUACCAAUUAUCAUAGGCAGCUAGAGUCGAGCUUGGCUGAUUUGAAAAAGAAGGAGGACUGCCUUCUUUGUCCCACAGGGUUUGCUGCCAAUAUGGCCUUGAUGACAGCAAUAGGAAGUAUUAGUUCUCUCUUAGCUGGGAAUAGCAUACCUUCAGAUAAUGAAAAGAUUGCCAUAUUUUCGGAUGCAUUAAACCAUGCGUCAAUAAUUGAUGGUAUUCGUCUUGCGGAUCGGCAAAAAGGUGUAAAAGUGUACAUAUAUAGACACUGUGACAUGUCCCACCUCAAUAUGCUCCUAUCUCAUUGCAGUAUGAAGAGGAAAAUUGUGGUAACUGACAGCUUGUUUAGCAUGGAUGGAGACUUUGCACCAAUGAUUGAGCUUGCAAAACUUCGUAAGAAGCAUGGCUUUUUACUGGUCAUCGAUGAUGCUCAUGGAACAUUUGUUUGUGGUAAAAAUGGCGGUGGUGUCGCUGAGGAGUUUAACUGUGAGAAGGAUGUGGACAUAUGCAUUGGUACUCUAAGUAAAGCUGCCGGCUGCCAUGGAGGAUUUAUAGCAUGCAGCAAAACGUGGAAGUUAUUAAUACAGUCAAGAGGUCGUUCAUUUAUAUUUUCAACUUCUACGCCAGUUCCAGUUGCUGCUGCUGCUCAUGCUGCUGUUAGAGUUGCAAUAUCGGAGAAAUGGCGAAGAAAGGCUAUUUGGAAUCGAGUGAAAGACUUUCAUUUGCUUACUGGGAUCCCUGUUACAAGUCACAUUAUAUCCCUAAUAGUUGGCAGUGAAGACAAAGCACUGCAAGCAAGCCGGCAUUUACUACAAGCUGGCUUCCACGUGACUGCAAUCAGACCACCAACAGUGCCUCCUAACUCAUGCAGGCUGCGAGUGGCCCUAAGUGCUGUCCAUACAAGGGAAGAUUUGGAAAACUUAGCAGCUGCACUCUCCAGCUGCAUCAAUUUCCAAGACACCCGCAUUUAUGACUGCAAUGGCUAUGCAAGAUUAUAA